AUGUCAAUCAAGAAAGAAGAAACCCCAACAUCACUACCACAAGCCGCUGCUAGACAAAAACUUGAAGAAGCGGAGAUAGAAUUAAGGGAUUUAUUAAAUCGUAAAAAGCAAGUUGAUAAAAGUCUGAAAGCUAUCGAAAAACAAAUUUGGCAAUUCGAAGGAUCUUAUCUAGAAGAGACUCAUUCAGGUGGAAAUUUGAUUCGUGGCUUCGAUAAUUAUUUGAGAGCUACAAACGAUAAAAAGAAAAAAUCAGAAAUUAAUUAUGAAGAUCGAUUAUUCUCGAGAUCAAGUGCAACAUCCGAAAAGGCUAAUGGUAAUAAGGGUGAAGAUUCAUCAACAAGCUCAGAUGAUAAUAAAUCUGGUUACAAAAAAAUGGGGGAUAAUAUAAAAAAGAAGAAAAAUAAGAAACCCAUAAAUUAUGCAUAUUCACAGGAAGUCAAAGAUAACAAUAGAGAACAUAAACGAAUCAGAUUAUCAUUACGAGAUACUGCCGAAGAUGAUUUUGAUAUUUGA